CUGCUGGUGGCCUCGGAAUACCUCUCGCAACAACGUGCCUGCAUAGCUUCGAUACUCGCUGGUAUCCACGAGUGAAAGUAGGAUUUUGCUUUCUACCUAUCAGUUUGUUAUAUACCAGCGACAAAUAUGUUGCUCUACACUAAAAAAUGCCAUCGCGCUCAUACAUUUUUAUAGUUUACCGAAAAAUUUGACAGCCCGACUACCCGCCAAAACUUUUAAAAAUUCACCCCAUUGGACUCCGAGUGCCUGAGUGUAAAAAAGUCGGACGCGAGUAAAAUGCGCGAGUAAAGUUGGUCUAUCAAGUGUCAAGUUGGGCGGUGACAAAUUUUUAAAAUAAAGCCCGGGUGUUUGUUUUUUUUGAAUAAUUUCCAAUAAGGGAAAUUAUGAAGCUGGUAAUGCAUGGAGAUGUCAUAUUGCGAAAUUUAGCUCUGGUGUUGCUGGUGUUUGUUGUCAGCAGUAGACAGCAAGAAAUUAGACCAUGGAAUCGUUUGUACCCAACGAAUUCCGUCUAUCAACAAAAUCAAGCGGCUUUAGUCUCAGCACCAACUGACAACUACAAUAAUAAUAAUAAUAAUAGUAAUGAUAAUAAAACAAGUAAUGAUGUGCGUACAGCAAUUGAAGUAAACGAAGACUACCAAGACUAUGAAGAAGCUCCAAAUAAGGACUCAGUCGAAACUAGAGAGAUUCAUUAUGAAACAAAGGAGGAAGUUCCCGAUGACUACGAAACUGAAUAUUACGAUGAUUAUGAUAAUGCGACAAAUUCUCAAGCGGCAGAUGAACAUGACACAUAUGAUGAAUCAGCUAGUGAAGAAAUAGUAAAUAGUCAUGAACGAAUAGUCCAGAGUGAAGAAAUAGUCAGAGAAAAUUUAGAGAGUAAAGAUAAAAUAGUUAAUGAUAAAAAAAUAAUAAAUUUAAAUAAAUCGGAUUCUUUGGGUGAAGAUCAGGAUGAAGAUGAUGGGAGAAUUUUGAUUGGUGAAGCCGUCGUGUCGGUGGUGACAACAAAAAGUGUUGUAAAUGGCACGUACUCAGUACCGACAUCAUUGCCGAUGACAACUGAACAAAUGUCACCACCGCCGACAAUUUAUUCGUCUGAAUCAUCUCCAUCUGCUGAUGAGACAACAGAAGAUGCGAUGAUUGUCGCCUCUGUUCAGACGAGUCGGAGCAUUUCCGGAGCACGUUUUCUACCUUUUAAUUUAAAUAAUUACGAUAGCGUUGAUAAAAAUACUAAUGACAAGGACGAAGCUGAUGGACAAAAGUCUAGUGACAACAAAACAGUCGCCGAGUCGACCGAAAGUAUCAUCGACAAGCUGGACCGGGUGCAGUCUGAACUAUCGAGCGGGUUUCUGACCGGGGGAUUCAGAACUGCUGGCAACGCUCUUCAGCUUGAUGUCCUGAGCGAGCAGAGACCUACAAGGAAGACCUUCACCACGACCUCGAAGACUCCGGUUAUCAGUAAGUUCGUUCCGAGGCGGAAGACAGUAGAAACCAGUGGGUCUGCAAAGUCUGAGGAGAACUUGGAGGCAAAAGAAGCCAAGAGCAAGACAGCUGACAGUGGUGAGGUGAUGAGCGAUCAGACUGAGAAGCCUAGAGCUUUCCGUAUACCCUGGCCAGGUUCCGCGCGGACUAGAAUCACUUCUACUACUGAGUCUACCAGAAGAACUACGAGGAAGCCCUUCAGCAAAGCUAGGAGUGAGGCUCAAGACAUCAGCGCUUUCUUGCCACCGGGUUACAAAUUGAAGAAAGAAGACCAGACCACUGAGAAAAGUAUUCUUGGUGACAUACUCGCCAAGUCUAAGGUCAACAUCACGGCACUGCUGCCUAAAGACUUCAAAGUUGGGAGCAAAGAACCUGAAAGUAGCGAAAUUACUAAAGAGCUGCCGCUGCAGAAUUUAUUCGCGAAACCUGUUGAUGUCAGCAGCUUCCUGCCUCCGAACUUUAAGCCGAAAAAUGAUACCAAGAGCAACGUUCUAGAGACGACUGCGACUCCGAUACAAAAAAGUCUACAGGAAUUAUUUUCAAAAUCAAGUGUCGACAUUUCGGCGCUUCUGCCUCCUGGUUUCAAACCCGUAGAUAAAAGUGACAGCAAAGUUGACAGUAAAGACAAGGAAAUAAUUACGAGUACCACAGAAGCUAGCAAGGGUGGAAUAAAACUUGUCUUUCCUAGCAGACCUGGUGGCAGAAAAGCGAUUGCCAAAGUUGCCACGACAAGUCGACCUGCUGAUGCACAGACUGCUGGACCUAAAAUUCAAAGGGGAUGGCCAGUUAGAGCCACUACGGAGUUCACUGGGUGGCCGACGCCCUCGACGACUCCGAUCUCCAUUGAAAAAUUACUUGAAGCCGCCAGAACUGCGACUGUAACUUCGGUCAACAGUUCAAUGAUCACUUCGACUAGUGAACCUUCAACUACUUCGACUUCGACGACCACCACGACGACGAUCCGACCCACGACACCGGGACUUUGUGAAGAAGAUUGCGAAGUCGCGGGUACGAUCAGGAUUAUUGGUAACGCGACUUGGGUACCGGAGUUGCUGGACCGUAAUACGAAGGAGUGGCAACUGCUGGCUGAUGAAAUUGAAAAAGAGAUGAACUUGGUCUUCCUGAAGUCUGCGAUCCUGAGAAAGUGGUACAAAAAUAUACGCAUUGACGCUUUUAGUCAGGGAAGCAUUUUGGUGGACUACUUUGUCGAGCUCCAGGACUUGAGCCAGAAGAUAAACACCCAGGAGUUGAAAGUCCUGUUCCACGACUCGCUGAGGGCCUACAACGCCCACAGGUGGAACGAGACCAAGAUCAACAAGGGCCCGGUGAGACUGGGAAACUUUGUGAUCGAUCCAAAGUCCACGGACUUUGUGGUGAUACCCAGAGUCACUUUGCCCCAGCAACUUGACAAGGAUGACAGACUGAUCCCACAGUGGGCUAUUGCCGUUAUUGUCAUUGGCGUUGGUGGCUUAUUGUUCAUUAUUAUUUUUGGUGUUUCUGUCCUGGUGAAUCGUCAGAAUGCCGCAAAGUUGAAACCACCGACAGCCGGAAUGUACGGAGAGGAUGCAGCUAAAAAUAUAAUACACUCAAGUCAUGUUGCGUCUUCCCAUAGAUCAUCUCACGAGUAUCCAAAGUCGGAGAUCUCCACGAUCUGGAACGAAGCCGACGCAUGGAAGGAAAAAUCCUUUGAGUCAAAUUCAAAUAAGAUUUUAAUGGACGGUAUCGUGCCCGAGAAUGAAAAAUACAACGUCUACGACAGCUGGAGAUCUGACUGGAACGGGUACUACUAUCAGCCAUCUCACACAAGCAGCAAGUUCGUCGGUUACGAAAGUACUGCUAAUUUUUCACGCCAUCCGCCCGAUUACGACACCAAUUUUUAA